GCCACCCGGCCCGGGCGGCGGCCACGCUGCGCGCACCGGCGGAGGGGAGGGGGCUCCGCGGCGGCGGCGGGGGGCAGAGCCAGGAGGCGCGGCGGCGGCGGCGGAGGCGGCUGCGGGGAGCGGCGGGCGGCGGGCGGCCUGUCCGCAGUGGAGCCCGCGGCGCCCUAGGCGCAGGGAGUGGCCGUCGCCUCCCGCGCGCAGCGCUCCCGAGAUGGCGGCGGCGGCGGGGCGGCGGCGCGGGGAGCCCGGGAGGCGCCAGCCCGGCGCAGGCUGAGCCCACCGGCCCGGCAGCUCGCGCAGGGCCCGCGCCGCGGCGGAAACGGGGCCGGCGGCCGGCGGAGCGGAGCGUCGGCGGGAGGCCGCGAUGGCGAACGCCAGCGAGCCGGGCGGCGGGGGCGGCGAGGCGGCCGCCCUGGGCAUCAAGCUGGCCGCGCUGAGCCUGCUGCUGUGCGUGAGCCUGGCGGGCAACGUGCUGUUCGCGCUGCUCAUCGUGCGGGAGCGCAGCCUGCACCGCGCCCCGUACUACCUGCUGCUCGACCUGUGCCUGGCGGACGGGCUGCGCGCGCUCGCCUGCCUCCCGGCCGUGAUGCUGGCGGCGCGGCGCGCGGCGGCCGCGGGGGCCCCGCCGGGCGCGCUGGGCUGCAAGCUGCUCGCCUUCCUGGCCGCGCUCUUCUGCUUCCACGCCGCCUUCCUGCUGCUCGGCGUGGGCGUCACCCGCUACCUGGCCAUCGCGCACCACCGCUUCUACGCCGAGCGCCUGGCCGGCUGGCCGUGCGCCGCCAUGCUGGUGUGCGCCGCCUGGGCGCUGGCGCUGGCCGCCGCCUUCCCGCCCGUGCUGGACGGCGGGCCCGAGGACGAGGACGCGCCCUGCGCCCUGGAGCAGCGGCCCGACGGCGCCCCCGGCGCGCUCGGCUUCCUGCUGCUGCUGGCCGCGGUGGUGGGCGCCACGCACCUCGUCUACCUCCGCCUGCUCUUCUUCAUCCACGACCGCCGCAAGAUGCGGCCCGCGCGCCUGGUGCCCGCCGUCAGCCACGACUGGACCUUCCACGGCCCCGGCGCCACCGGCCAGGCGGCCGCCAACUGGACGGCUGGCUUCGGCCGCGGCCCCACGCCGCCCGCGCUCGUGGGCAUCCGGCCCGCGGGGCCCGGCCGCGGCGCGCGCCGCCUCCUCGUGCUCGAGGAGUUCAAGACGGAGAAGCGGCUGUGCAAGAUGUUCUACGCCGUCACGCUGCUCUUCCUGCUGCUCUGGGGGCCCUACGUCGUGGCCAGCUACCUGCGGGUCUUGGUGCGGCCGGGCGCCGUGCCGCAGGCCUACCUGACGGCCUCCGUGUGGCUGACGUUCGCGCAGGCCGGCAUCAACCCCGUCGUGUGCUUCCUCUUCAACCGGGAGCUCCGGGACUGCUUCCGGGCCCAGUUCCGCUGCUGCCAGGGCCCCCGGGCCGCCCAGGCCGCCCUCCCCUGCGACUGGAAAGGCAUCGGGUUGUAAGGGCUCUCCCGCCUCCCGCCCAGCCUUGCCCUUCGGCUUGGACGCUGACGUCGUUCUUCCUCUCUGCUCCCCUUUAAUUGCUAAACUGCCUUCGAAAUGACUCCAAGUGCGUUAGCGCGUGGCCGGUACAGACUCCUUUUAGGGGGAAAGGGGUUUCCAUUUCCAGCCCCACCCCUGCUCAGCUCGUUGUUCUCCUAAAUAUAUAUUUUCAUCCUGAAAAUAGGCCCCGCGGUCUUUGUAUUGGUACUGAUGUCUUCUAUUCCAUGUUAUUACUUUUGAAAAUAAAGGCUAAACUAAUUUUCUUCAUGCAACGUUUCCUACAGACCAUGGCCAGUUUUCUACAGAAGCUAUUUUUGACAACCUCAAGUGGCAUUACACUUUGCAGUGGAGUAAAGGAGCCCGCAGGACUUCGCAAGUUCCAUUUCUUGAGGGUCUUCUGUUGGAAGCCAGAGGAGGGGCGGGUGGGGUGGGGUGAGGGGGUGGGGGUUGUCCAGUUCCCUCUGAAUUGCCAGCUGUGGAGUGGGUCAGCUGUGCUGCUCUGGUUCUUGGAAAGUGUUGACAACUCUGUUCGGUAUUGAACAUGAUUUAAAGGGCGGCAGCGGGAGUGAGAGCCAGGCAGCUGCAUGUCAGGCAGGGAGGAGGGGUGGUUCCGGGUGCUGUCUACUCCUGGAAAACGCAGGCCCGUGGCAGCUGCUCUCUGCAUGGUACCAAUCUUGACUGGAAAUAUUUCUGUGAAACUGUAGCUUUCAAAAGUUAAAAGGUGUUUUGGUUAGUGAUGGUGGAGAAAAUACAGUAUUGCAUGUUUCUGAAUGUACUGCUGUGGUUCACUGAGGGGGGGCAGGGGCUCCAAGAAGCAGAGUACAAAAUCAAAAUUGUUUAGCUAUUUUUUUGCCAAUAAAAAUUAAAACAAUUUUAUGGAAACAGCUUGUGCUUUGAGGAGUCCAGUUUUAUUCUGGCUUAUGAAUUUCCACUUUGACAAUUGUUCUUUUGUUCAUGGUAUAAGUGAAUGGCAUAUAAUGAUACUCUCCUUCUAGGAGACAAAUGUUUCCUUAAAAUGUUUGCUGGGUUAAGCUGUGCUGUUCUACUGACAGUUAUUUUAAAGUGCUAAUGAGAACUAUAAUUUUAAAUAGUAUUUCUUUGUUAGACACGUUGUAAUCUUACAUUGAAAGACUAAAUUCUGCAAGUACUACAUAAUUUUGCUUAUAAUGCUACCUUUUUUUAAUGUUCUUUCUGUGUUGAGGAUUUAUAUCUGUAUUUCUCUUUGCAUUAUACAAAUAUAUGAGUAUUUUCACUCUGGAGUAUUUUGUUGUUGUGUGAGGCUGUAACGGGUACUAAUAGACAUCUAAGAAUGGUACUCAUGUUUGAUGAGCCUUUUAAUGAGUGCCCUAGUUGACCAUCACCAUCUAUGGCAUCUGGAGGCUUGUCACUUAAAAUGCAUGAUAAUCUGCAAAUCUCUCUAAGGGGAAGAAGCAGUAGACAUACUUAUAAAACAUGAG